CAUUGUAUUAUGUUACGAAAAAAUGAUACGAUUAUGAUUGUUCACACGUUGGAGCAGAGAAUCAGAGCUCCUUGAUUUCCCUUUCAAGAUCUAAAACAACACUCUUCACCGUACAAAAGCCAAAACGGGUAGUAGUAGAUAGAUAGAUGGAUAGCCUUUGUAAUUGCAACAAUAAAUUCGUCAAAGAUCUCUCCACCAGAUUCUCUCCAACUCCUUCAGGCUGCUUGCAUCAUCAUUUGCCCCUCUCUCUCUCUCUCUCUAAAAAUUACACUCUCUCUCUCUCUCUCUCUCUCUCUUGUCUAAAACGAAAAAGUACACUGCUGGUGUAACAGUUCCGCUCUCUUCUCUCACAUCACAUUUGCCUUAACCCCUUAGUUGUAAGAUUUCAGGAACAAAAGUAUAUGACUCUGUUACUCUCUUUACUCACCUUUCUCAUCACAUUAGCUUUGGUGCCUUGAAAUAGAUUGAAAAUAAAGGCCUUUUCCUCUCUGAAAGAUGGAGCUUUUUUCACCUGCCAUGAACAGCAGUUUGAACAGAGAGAAUCCAGAUAUUUUGAUUGUGAUGAUUGCAGAGAAGCAGAGAGUGAAAGGUAGUGAAGAGGAGGACAAAGGAGAUCAGGAGUCCCUCAGAGAUGAGAGAGAGAGAGCGGGAGAGGAGGGAUGGGCCCUCUAAAGCCUGCAACAGAAAUGAGUGGCACUGCACCACCAAAGGGGUUCUCUGAGGGAACCUGCAUAUAGUGUCAAUCAGUAUAGAAACAGAGCACUGUCUUUUGAAUAUUGGGAGAUUUCUGAGUGCUGAGUAGGAAAUUCAAUCAAUCUGCUUCAAAAUUGUUGUCCCUGUUAUGCUCUUUUGACAUGGUUUAAUUGGUGGAUGAGGUUGCAUUUUCUGGGGUUGUUUUGUUGGUGGCUGGUGAUGUCUUCUCUGCAUAAGGUUGCAAGGUAAUUCACUUGCUGCAGCUUUUCAAAGUGUGGAUAUGAAUCGAUAAGAAUGCAACAUAAUAUGUUCUCUGGCAUGUAAGUGAGCUAAUUUUACUCCCCUUCUGAUCAUUUGAGAGAAGACCUCUCAGAAAGCUACUUUUGGAACAAAACUGGCCGGACAUUCAGAUUGAUACAUAAAACUGUCUGAAUGAUUUAGAGAAGCUAUUUAUAUGUAAUGAAUUUCAUUUCUUUGGUGCCCCAUAAUAUGACAGAGAAUAACGCAUUCAAUAUGGGAAUAGAUAUGGUUGGCCAGAGCCCUAUGAUUAUGGAUGGAUUUUCAUCACAUAUGACCUCAAUUUCUGCCGCUCACUCCAGUUCACUUGAUCUAAACCACCAAAACCAGAUGAUGGCUUGUUUUCCCAUACCUUCAGUGCUGCAAGGUGAACCCAUUAAUGAACUGCAGGCUGAACCUCACAUGGCAAAUCGUUUUGGUAUUGUCGAUUGUGAUGCACUGAUUCCUAGGAAUGUACCAUUCGGAAGAAAUGUCACUAGGGACCCUUCAGUUGGGAGUUAUCGUCCAAUUGGUAACUCUGAGGUCCAGGAGCCAUUUGUGGAUGGAACGCCCAUUUCUGCUGUGUCACUUGCUACUCUUUUGGCUGCAAGGUGCAGUUCUCAUGAUAAUAUGAAUUAUCUACCAACUUCUGCACCUUUAGCAUGUCCUGUGGAAGCUUUAAAAGCUUUUGUUUCAAAUGACUACUCUGAUGCAUUAAAUUCUUCUUUUGUGGCCUCCUUGAACAGUGGGUAUGACGGAAUGCUUGGUGAUAUGAACAGCAAAUGGGGAUUUGAAAAGUUUCUUGCUCCUCUGGAGCCUGCUGGGAAGGUCCCUGGAAGACCAGAGUUACAACCGUUCCAGUUUAUGGGAAACAUGGAUCCAAAUGGUUGGAUGUCGUCAAAUGCCAAUGUGACCUCUGAUAGUCGUAAUGAGCUUUCUCUAAGUCUAGCCACAUGCCAGCCUUCUGUUAUCUGUGGGACAACUAUCCCGGACCAAAGUUCGGAAAUAAGCUGUUCUGGUGUUACUCGCCCUUCUUUGUGUGAAAGGCAGUUGGGCUCUGAACAAAAUUCUUGCAAUAGCAAGAACCUUUCUAUGAGUUUUGGUUCUUAUAGACCAGUUCAACUUUCACAAUUGUUAUCUGGGUCUAGAUAUCUUCAAGUAAUUCAAGAAAUUCUUGCUGAAAUUGCUAGCUAUUCACUUGAAAAUGUAGACCAAAUCAACUAUCCAGCCAAUGGAACGGGGGCUAGGGCUGAAUUCUCAUUCCCUUCAAGUUGUCAUGCUGAGAGAGGCUACUCAGUGAUGGGUCCUGACGAUUUUCCUGAUGGGGAUGGUAGAUUUGAGCUUCAAAUGGACCCCGUGUUACGAGGACGGGAAGUUGAAGCAAAGAAAAAACAGUUGUUGGCUCUACUACAAGUGGUUGAUGAUCGAUACAAUCAAUGCUUGGAUGAGAUCCAUACUGUAGUAUCUGCAUUCCAUGCUGCGACUGAAUUGGAUCCUCACACACAUGCUCGUUUUGCUCUACGAACAAUUUCUUUCUUAUAUAAAAACCUGAGGGAGAGAAUUAGUAACCAAAUCCUCUCUAUGGGAGCACAUUAUAGCAAGGGAGGCAUGAGAGAAGAGGAGAGGUCAUUUGAGACAUCUUUCAUCCAGAAGCAAUGGGCUUUGCAGCAGCUUCGAGUGAAAGAUCAUCAGCUAUGGAGACCACAGAGAGGCUUGCCAGAAAAAUCUGUCUCGGUUUUACGGGCAUGGAUGUUUCAGAACUUUCUUCACCCAUAUCCGAAAGAUGCGGAGAAGCAUCUACUUGCAGUGAAGAGUGGAUUGACUAGGAGCCAGGUGUCAAAUUGGUUUAUAAAUGCGCGAGUUCGUCUCUGGAAACCAAUGAUAGAGGAAAUGUACUCAGAGAUGAACAAGAGAAAAGGUCGCUGGAACGAUGAGGAAACCAACUGCAACCUUAGGAGCCACAUAAACAUUGACAAUCGAAGAUUUAAAAUGAAUACUGGGAAAAAGGUAGAUAUAUUGCAAAUGGGCUCAAGCAGUUCUUGAUCAUUCAAUAGAAAAAUAGUGCAAGUACAAAACAUGUUUAGAACUGUACAUAUUGCUCUCUCUAAAUGGUCAAGAAUUAAAUCUGUUAAUUAUUUGUAUUGAGCGUGAAUGUUCUAUUUAAAUUCAUCAGAAAUCUAAGUAAAAUUACAUACUAUGAAA